UGUGUGCUCCUCACACACACACACUCACACACACACUCACACACACUCCCUCCUCCAGCCCCACCGCCCCCGCCAUGGCCGCGUCCACCCUGUCCGUCUGCUCCAGCGACCUGAGCUAUGGCAGCCGCAUCUGCCUGCCUGGGGCCUCGGACUCCUGCCCCGACUCCUCCUGGCAGGUGGACGACUGCCCAGAGAGCUGCUGCGAGCCCCCGUGCUGCGCCCCGGCCCCCUGCCUGACCCUCCUGUGCGGCCCCUCCUCCCCCUGCCAGGGAGACUGCUGCACCCCUGCGUGCUGCAAGCCCGUCUGCUGCACCCCUGUGUGCUGCAAGCCCGUCUGCUGCACCCCUGUGUGCUGCAAGCCCGUCUGCUGCACCCCUGUGUGCUGCAAGUCCGUCUGCUGCACCCCUGUCUGCUGUGAGGACUCCCCCUGCACAACCUCUUCAUGCUGCCAGCCGUCCUGCUGCACCUCCUCCCCCUGCCAGGGAGACUGCUGCACCCCUGCGUGCUGCAAGCCCGUCUGCUGCACCCCUGUGUGCUGCAAGCCCGUCUGCUGCACCCCUGUCUGCUGCAAGCCCGUGUGCUGCACCCCUGUGUGCUGCGAGGAUUCCCCCUGCUCAGCCCCCUCCUGCUGCCAGCCCAGCCCCUGCUGCAAACCCUCCUCCAGUGUAUCCCUGCUCUGCCGCCCCGUGUGCUCCCGCCCCGCCUGCUGCGGCCCUGUCUCUGGCCAGCCCUGCUGACCGCCUCCAGCU